CAUGCAUCGCACGUAAUCCAGGCGGUUCGACAAAUUACACAAGCCGUUUAAUAGUAGAAGAGAGUCUCAACGUUACUAGUAGUGUUGAACAACAACUUGGAAAUCUGUGCAAUUUUAGUUAGAGAAUCAUGACUUUUGGCCUCAGUUUGAGAAGAAUAAGCAUUUGGCUUACUGUUAUUCACGUAUCUGCUUCUGUAUAUUCCGAAAGCGGAAUUCCUAAUUUACAACCAUUUCAUUUUCCUGAAAAAAUAAGCGUUGGUGAUACAGCCAAAGCAUUCUGCACGGUUACAAAAGGGGCUAAACCUUUGGAAUUUCAAUGGUUGAAAAAUGGAACAGAAAUUAAGACUAUUGAAAAUAUUGAAAUUAGUAAACUGAGAGAUAUAUCAACUAGUGUGUUAAUAAUAAACAAUGUUAGAGCAGGAGAUUCAGGCAAUUAUACAUGCACUGUAAGAAAUAGCCAAGGAUCCACGAGUUUUAGUAGUAUGUUGAUUGUUGAAGCUCCACCUAGUUGGACAGUGGAACCUUCUGAUAAAUCAGUGCUCCAAGGAGAAAUUGUGAAUUUUACUUGCCACGCUUCUGGAUUUCCACAGCCAACUAUAACUUGGAAAAAACUGUCGGAUAAUCCGCAAUCUGCUAUUCCUACCGAAAUAUUUGUUGAAUCGACUAAUGGCAUUUUGUCAUUUACUUCAGUGACUUCAGAUGACGAUGGUACAUACGUUUGUGAAGCAAAAAAUGGAAUUGGGAGAUCUCUGACCAAAACAGUUUCCUUAACAGUUGUUGGUUAG